GCUUCCUCUUUCAUGCUUUUUCAAUUAAUUGGUGCCAACUCCUAUCUAUUCCCGUACUUGUCACUCUCCAUUUCUCCUUUUCUCUUCCUAAAAGAGCAAGUAAAAGUUUGAACAAGAGAGUACUCUUCACUUAUAAUGGCACAUUCUUGAUCCCAUCUCUCACAAAACUUGAAUAUCAGUAAACUAAGUUGAAGGGUACCAUUAUAACCAGCUCUCCAUUUGUACAGCUCUUUGGCUUUUGAAAUGUUCAAAAAUCUCAUCAGCCUUCAUUUUCUCUGUUUACUACUUUCCCACAAUUUGCAUUUCAUGUUCUUGAUAAUUUCUAACACUUGGGUUUUAAUGGCUUGAAAAAGGAUUUAUUUUUUAUCUUUUUAAAUAUUUUUAUUCACUUCCAAACUUAAAUUCUCCUAUGAAUUAUUUUUUCUUACUUUUCCAAGUGAUAAUACGUUGAUCUAAUGCUGUUUUACUUUUGGGAUUACGUAAAAAGAUUUUGUGUCGACAAAUCUACCACUUUGUUCAAACUCUUUUACUUUAUCGUGUCUGCUCCACUAUGUAGUGCGAAAAUUCGAAUUUUAUCAGAACUGGAAAAGACUGAAAAUUUGACAUUUGUGUGAAAGGUUGAAACUUUUUGACAUUUGUGUGCAGUAACUUUUCUUUUUCAGGUUUCUUUAGAAUCUUUCUCCUUUGUUUUCUUUUACAGUAUAUUUAUGCUACAAAUCCACCCAUUAAAAUUUUACUUCUCUUAUCCUUCUCUCUCUAUAAGAUCUCUUAAAAAUAACAAUUUUGGAACUUGGAUUCUGAUAAAUAUCUUUUCUUUACUUAUUACUAAAGUCUAAAGCUAAAGCUUUUGUGGAUAAGUUCUGAUUUUGUGAAUAUGGUGACAGAUUAGAAAAUUUUUGGGUAAUAAAUCAAGCUUUGACAACUAUGAAGGCUACCUCGUUUGAGUCGUUUCCUGUUAUUGUGUGUUUUCUUAUUAUGUUUCCAAGAAUAUCCUGUUUUUCUGUCAUCUUAGCUUUAUUUGUUUAUUUGAGGACUAAGGGUGCAUAAAAUCUCUCAAAUUUGAUUUGUAUAAUUUGAGAUUCCCAUUGAAUGACGAAAGCUUAAGACAGCUUGGUGUGUAUAUUAGUAUAUUCAUUGAUUCGCAUGCAAAAUCUUUUAAUCUAUGUGUUGGUUGGUUAGUCUAGUUUCCAUAUUUGCAGCCAUAUCCAUUUUGUUAUGUAGUACUAGUAUUGAAUAAACAAUUACAUUAAUUAAUCUCUUCUUCUGUUGUUUAGCUGUGUUCGUUUAUCAGUUCACGCCUUGUUCAGUGGCAAUACUUUGACCAAGAUAAAAUAGAACAUUGUUUUCUAUAUUAAGUGGAACCGCUGUUUGCUGCGUUGGAUGCUUGCGAGUUCGACAGUUUUUUGCUUAGUUGAGAAUACAAUCUGAUCCGUGAACUUGGUGAGACCCAGAACAUUUCUUUAGUUGUGGAUCAGAUGGUCUCUUUGUGGGUCUGAGAAAAUGGGGGGUUGUGUCUCUACAAGUAGCCGGAGUAGUUGUAGUAGCAGGAGCAACGGAGAAAGAGUUUCCCCUGAAUGUUUGGGAAUAGGGAUGUUUACUCGAAAGAGGAUUAGAAAAACUUUUUCUGAUCCUGUCACUACAUUGCAACAUUUGUCUUCAAUACCUAACCGGAUAUUCAAGAAUGGAAAGAGCCGGACUUCUUGCAUAUUCACUCAACAGGGACGUAAAGGCAUAAACCAGGACGCCAUGAUUGUGUGGGAAGAUUUCAUGGCUGAAGAUGUGACCUUUUGUGGGGUAUUUGAUGGCCAUGGUCCACAUGGCCAUCUUGUUGCUCGCAAAGUAAGGGAUGCGCUGCCGUUGAAGCUAUCAUCAUUUUUACAAUCAUUUGACGCAAAACGUAAUGGUUCUACUUCGAAUUGCUGCAAUGGUAAUCCAAAGUUGGAUGUGGUGGAUCCUGAUAAGGAUGAAGGGAUGGAGGAUAAAGUGGAUAACUUGUGGAGAGAAGCUUUCCUUAAAUCAUACAAGGCCAUGGAUAAAGAACUAAGGUCCCACCCUAAUUUAGAUUGCUUUUGCAGUGGGAGCACGGCCAUUACUCUGGUGAAACAGGGUGCAAAUCUGUUUAUGGGCUAUAUUGGUGAUUCUCGGGCAAUCUUGGCAUCAAAGGACAAUAAUGAUUCAUUGGUAGCAGUUCAAUUGACUGUUGAUCUGAAGCCCGAUUUACCCAAGGAAGCUGAGAGGAUAAAACGAUGUAAAGGUCGGGUUUUUGCAUUGCAAGAUGAGCCUGAGGUGCAGAGAGUCUGGCUGCCAUUUGAUGAUGCCCCUGGUUUAGCAAUGGCUCGGGCAUUUGGGGAUUUCUGCUUGAAGGAAUAUGGUGUGAUUUCUGUUCCAGAGUUUUCUCACCAUAUUCUUACCGAAAGGGACAAGUUCAUUGUUCUAGCUUCUGAUGGGGUUUGGGACGUCUUGAGUAACGAGGAAGUGGUUGAGAUAGUGUCGUCAGCCCCUACACGAGCGUCAGCUGCCAGAAUCCUGGUUGACUCAGCUGCACGCGAGUGGAAAACCAAAUAUCCAACAUCAAAGAUGGAUGAUUGUGCAGUUGUGUGCCUAUUCUUGGACGGGAAAAUGGACGUUGAAUCUGACAACGAAGACCAAUGUUUCUCUUCGGCUACACUUCAGAGCAACCAUUCUGGUAAUGCUGUAGAAUCAGACGAUGGACAGAAUUCCGAGCCAUCUCUUCAGAGAAACUUCACCGUCAGAUCAGCUGAAGAGAACAGCGCCUACAAACGAAUUGUAGCCGAAGCAGAAGCAAAUCAAGAAACUGUGGCAACUGAAGAUCAGAACUGGUCAGGAUUAGAAGGUGUCACUCGGGUAAACUCUCUCGUUCAGCUUCCAAGAUUUUCUGAAGAGAGGCCUAGACCCUAACCUUAUCAUUCAAUUAUAUUUGUUGUAAUAUAAAUUCGUUUCUGUAAGUCUAAGGAUAUAUAAUUUUGCUGCAGCAUCCUAGUAUGUUAUGUUUAUGAUCCAUUUGGGGUUUGGUUUGUGCACUCGCGGUUAAAGUCCAACUGUAAAGUCUAAUUUUCUUUAAGAUAUUAUCAUGGUAAGGUUGAUAUAUCAUAAAGUAA